CGCCUUGACCCUGCUGCCCUUCUACACUUUGUCCCCGUUUCCACUCUCCACUUCCAUUCAGGUUCCAUUCCAUUGCUUGCGCCCUCAAGCAAUCCCACCUCGGCUUCCCUGCGCAACACCAUCCGAACUCCGGCCCUCUUUCGCGAUACCUACACAGCUUGGCUGCCAGCUAAACCGUCUUCAGUACCUCCCGUCUUCGUACAUCGUUGCUGUCGGAUACACCAUUGCUCUGCGCCCAGUCCCAUCACCAUCCGCCAUCUCGAACGCGUUACUACCAAACGACAACGACUCCUCCAUCUGCACCUUCGGGCCACCCCCCCUUCGAACCUGCUCGGGCACGCUCACCGAUCGAUUGCCGUCGUUGCAUGCGCUGCCAUCGUUUUCGGUUGCCCGACUGAGACAUGCGCCCUUGUCUGUUGUGCAAAAUCAAGGUUGUCGAUAGGAGGCUAGGAUAGAGAAGCUAGGAACUACCAUCACGUCCCCUUCGACGGGCGGACAAAUGAGGAGGAAACAGGCUGGUGUUGGCGAUCCACAUACGACAACACCGCGAUAGCGACCGAACCGCCGCUUGAUACAUCUUGGCCGUUGCUGCCACGCGCACGCGUCUCUCACUGCAGAGAGAAUCGCAAACACAAAAGAGUACUGGUUAGACCCUAUUGCGAACCAAAAACAAAAAGCCGUCUAUUGUGAAGGUCGACCCGCCUUCCAUCCCAUCUUGGUCGCAUGUUUUGCAUUGAAUAGCUAUUCAUACAACCCCACGCAUACCGCACAAUAGCAAUCCUGAGUGCUUUCUGAACCCAGCUUGGAGACCGGACCUGACCUACCCUACGCUUUACUCUACUUCGACCUAGUCUACAACUCCUUCACAACGUCAACGAACGUCAGCUACGAAAUUCAAGACGCAACAUUUCUGCAGCCCUCGGUUGCCGCGCCUAAUCUUCGAACCCCUACAACAAAGAGACGAGUGAUACGGUAUACCCCGACUUGCGCUGUUACGGAGUCCAAUGACCCUACGAUGAAAAGAACGAUGGAAGGAGCGGAAAAGAAUGCAGACAAAUUGGCUAAGCGUAUAUUACCACAACGUCCGCACCACCUUACACUGUCCCUGACGGACAAGUACCCCGAGCCUGCUGGGUUUUGGUACACGGGAAAGAGUCACAGACUGCAGUACACCACCUUUCUCUCAGACUGCGAUCGCGGCAUCCUCAUCACGCGGCCUUCGUAUGACAUUUGCGAGGAGCCCGCGAGCGCCCCCAGCGCUAUGCCUCCAAAACCGACUCUCCUGAACGGGGAGGCCAAGAAGAAACUUUCAUUGAAGGACUAUCAGCGGAGGAAUCAGUCGCCCCAGGACCCUUCGGCUACACCAAGGCUGGAUGCCAAGUCCGAGUCCAAGGGUGGCACAAGAGUGAAUGGGACAGUGGAACGAAAUGCACCGGUAAAGGAGAACGUCAAGCCCGACGAUGCCAAGGCAAAGACGAAACCUGUCAGGACGGAGGGAGGGGAGUCAGAAAAGCCCCGCAUCACGGUCAAUGGAGACAGUAUGCGAGGCUCCCACGUGCAGUCUCAGGUCGAGCUCGAGAGUCGGAAACGGGCCACGGAUACCGAACGCGACCAACCCAAGCGUCCCAGGACGGAUACUAAUCACGAUACGUCACGUCUUCCCCCGAAGCCAGAGGCACCACGAAAUCGCCUGAGCGACAGAAGCGACAAGGAUAUCAAAAAGGAAUCUCUACAUCUGACGACCAACGGACAGGCCCGCACUGCCGCAGACAGGGACCGUGAUGUCAGCGCUUCACCCAAGUCCACGAUACUAGUGAACGGGUCGAAGCCAUAUAAGGAGAGUACCCCAGUUUCUCCACGGAGGAAGCGAGACACAGCGUCAAAAGCACCUGUGCCUGCCUUACUGUCGCCUCUACACCCUUCCUUACUCGCAGGCGAGUCGGAUAAGCCAAAAUCCAAGAAGCCGGCAGAAAAGGCCCCACCGAAGCCUUUGAAGAUUGACAGCAGCAGCUCGAGAAAGAAGUAUGAAAUCCCGGCCCUCUUGUCUCCUACGCUACCUGCGAUUGUUGAGGAGGAGCUCGCACGCAAGUUCAAAAGCACACCGUCCAAGGGUGAUUCUAGGGACACCAAGACCCAGCUGCCAGAUUCACCUAGCAUUGCGAGGAAGACCAAGGUGAAGGCUGAGCCUAUCGAGGAGGAAGACGAAGAAGAGGAGGAACAAGAACCUUCCCUGAUCGUCACGUUGAAGCUGAAGAAAGCCAAUGCCAAGAGGGCAAAGGAUCUCCUGAGCCUGCCUUCCAAGGCUGUAAAGGACGCAAUGAGGAAGGAACGCACUGCUGCACGAGCAGAAGCUACCCCUCCACCUGCUAGAAAACGGCCACGGGCCCCGGACGACACACCGUCAGAAAGUGUCGCUGCAAAACGACCAAAGUCAGCAGUAGGCGACACUGUUAUCGCCAGACCAACAGGAAUGACAACACCACUCAAACCCAGCGCACCGGCCAUGUCCCGCGUCCCAUCAACUCAAUCCCAGAAUGCCACACCAGGGCCGCCCCCGACGAGACACAUCACUCCCGGCAUGGGCGAGCGCUCAUCGGUACCGCCUCUGCCGCCCCCAUCCGCCGAGGCCGCACCGUUCCGCGAGCGAGAUGCCGAGUAUCGUGCAUAUGGAAGUAAACUAAAGCACCAGCGUGACGCAGUUGACGCACAACUGCGCGACCCAGCCAAGCUCAAGACCAUUUCAUCGACCGCCAUGACUCUGGAGACCAAGCGCGCCAUGGUUCUCCACAUUGAGAUGGUUUUGGCCUACAUGAUUGCCUUUUACAACUUCAACCACUCCCGGAUGAUGGAUCGCCGACCGCCCGAUUUUGCGACGUGGGAAUCUCUGGUCCCGCAUUUCAGCGAGCUGAAGAAGCGCGUCUACUCUGUUCGACCGUUCCGGAUUCUCACAACGCAGCUAUUCGCCGUCAUGCUCGAACACAUCACAGCAACAUUCAGCCAGGCCGACCAGGCGACGGCCCCGGCCCUGCUUGCGAGGUGGCAAAAGAUGGAGCGUUUGAGGCCCGAGGUCUGGCAUGAGCUAUAUGGGCUGGCGGAUUUCGUGGAUGACAAGAGAGUCAAGAUGACGGUUGGGCCGUGGACCAAGAUCGAGGAGGCGGUAUUAAGCGCAAUGGGCGUCAUGAAGAAGUGGGCGGAAAUUGAGGAGGUCAAGUGGACGCCUAUGAUCAUGAAGCCUGAGAUGGCGGCUGAGGCCAAAAAGGAGAAGGGGCAAGAGAAGGAAAAGGAAAAGGACCACCAGCCGCAGCGUGAUAAGGAACGUGAGCGUGAGCGUGAGCGUGAGCGAGAGCGAGAGCGCGAACAACGGGACCGUGAUAGAGACCGUGAUCGGGACAGGGAUAGGGAGCAACAACAGCAACAACAACAACAACAACACCACCGAGAUCAGCAGCGUGAUCGCGAGAAAGAGCGAGACAGAGAUAGAGUGAGGGACAUGAGCCGGGACCGGGUCCGCGAUCGCGAGCGAGGCGAACGGGACCGACCACCACCACCAAGGGAGCGCGAUCCCAGAGACCCCAUCCGAGGCGUCGGCGGAGGGCCAGGCCGUGAUCAUCCAGGAAAAGAAAUGCGCGACCGCGACCGCGACAGGCUGUACAACAACGACGGAAGAUCGUCUGCGAGGGGCCGAGGUAGAGAGAGGUCGAGAACGCGAGAUAGGGAUAUGGGUAUUGGUGGUCGAGAUCCGCCGAUGCGCUCGGUAGACUUGAGGUUACCCCUACCGCCGCCUCCGCCUCAUCAUCAUGGCUUGCCACCGAGGAUGAAUGGGUAUAGGUAGAGAGGCUGAAAAUGGUGUGUGUAGAAGCCGACGGGGUGGAAGGACUAAAAGAAGAGUCGGACAAAGUGAAAGGAAGAUCCUGAAAGAGAAAGAGGGCCUAGGAGGAGGAGAAGAAGAAGAAGAAGGACAAGUGAAUGGAAUUGCAUAUCAAUGAAUUCUGCAUGAGGAGCAGGCAGCCGACAGACAGACAGAGCCUUAGGUUGAGAGCUCUUCUCUCAUGAGGAACAAAUAAGCCUUUGUUGAGGCGUGAACAUGUAUUACGUCUAAGAGAGACAGAAAACUGGAUGAUUCCAGAUAAAACUUUACCCACCCAACCAACCAAGUUUUGACUUGCCUUCCCACUGAAUGGCGGAAUUUCGAGAUGGGCAAGCAAUGAAGCAAGCAAGCCAAGUUUCAGUAACAGACAGUAGUACACUACAGACAGACAGACAGACAGACAGGUUUAUAACAGUCUCCAUCCAAUAUGUGUACUUUUAGCGGCUGGCCGAAAAGACGGGGGAAAAAAAAGGUCUCUUGGACAAAAGUUCAGUUCAGUGUUUACAUUUACAGGCUAAAAAAAAAAAAAAAUAAAAAA